AUGGAAGAUAUUUACAAUAUCAACAAGAUGAAUCUCCCUUUUGUAUCUUCUCCACGCAACGUCAACGUUUCUACUUAUACUGAUGCAACCACCUCAGAAUUGCAUCUAGGACUCGUUCGCGCUCGCGCCGUUACUAAUAACAACUACCUCCACAUGGAACACCAUCAACCAGAUCUAAUCGGGUCGGAUAUAUCGGAUCGGAUUAUCAAGAACCAGAUCGCAACUCAUCCUCUUUAUCCAAAUCUACUAUCUGCUUUCAUAGAAUGCCAAAAGGUUGGAGCACCCGCUGAACUUGCGUCUCUUCUCGAAGAAAUAGGCCGUGAAAGCCACCACAGCAAUGUUCUCCGUCAGAUAGGAGAUGAUCCUGACCUUGAUCAAUUCAUGGAAUCAUACUGUGAAGUUCUUCAUAGAUACAAAGAGGAGUUAUCGAAACACUUGAAUGAAGCGAGUUUGUUUUUGUGUAAUAUUGAAUCGCAACUGAGCCAACUUUGCAAAGGGACAUUAACAAUCUCAUCUGAUUUUAAUAACAGCCGUUCAGAUGAAGCUGCAGGAACAUCGGAGGAUGAAAUGAGCUGUGGAAAGGUUGAAGCAGUUGAAGGUGUUCAUGAACAUUGUGGCACAUCAUGUCCAGGUGACAAAGAGCUUAAACAAAUGCUCCUUCGUAAAUAUGGAGGUUAUCUUAGUAACUUGAGAAAGGAAUUUCUUAAGAAAAGGAAAAAGGGUAAACUACCAAAGGAUGCAAGAAUAGCAUUGCUGGAUUGGUGGAACAUCCACUAUAGGUGGCCUUAUCCCACGGAGGAGGAGAAAAUGCAGCUAUCAGAAACAACUGGACUAGAUAUAAAGCAGAUAAAUAACUGGUUCAUCAAUCAGAGGAAAAGACACUGGAAACCAUCUGAAGAUAUGAGAUUUGCCAUUAUGGAGGGUGUAAGUAGCACCGGCAUAGCAGAACCUCUAUAA